GGCCCAUCACUUCAGGUAGUUAAGCUCUGGUCUGGUCUCUGCCUAACAGUGAAAAGAAAAAAAACUGCCACACGAUUCUUUUUCAUUUUCUCUCUCUCACUCGCUGUCUCUCACUUCAUUGUUUGCCAUUGUUGCUCUUCCCCACACCUCGCUUCUCUCUCUCGAUUGCUUCGCUCCACUUCACUUUUCUGCACCUUCCUCCUCCUCCAUUUUCUUUUACUUCCAAAGCAACCAAACCCAAAACCCCACUUCCCUCUCUCUCUCUCUCUCAUGUAUUGUUCAGCGCUAACUGAGACACACCCAAGCCCGACCCGGUCCUAACCCGGACCCGCCAAUCCCAAAUGCAUCGCGCCACGGCCGCCCCAAACCCACUCCAAACCCUCCUUGAUCUCAUCAACUCUACCCUCUCCCUACUCCUCCGCUCCUCCCUCACCGUCCGAUCCUUCGUCGGACGGUGGACCGCCCUCCACACCAAGCUCACUUCCCUCCACUCCUCCGUCGCCGACAUCUCCGACUCUCCCCACUGGGCCCAGAACCCUCUUCUCCACACCCUCCUCCCCAACCUCCUCUCCACUCUCCAGCGCCUCACCGCCCUCGCCGACCAAUGUACGGACGCCGGGUUCACCGGCGGGAAGCUCCACAUGCAGAGCGACCUCGACAUGGCCUCGUCCUCGCUCUCCAACCAGCUCCGCGACCUCGACUUAUUGCUCAGAUCCGGAGUGCUCCACCAGUCGAACGCCAUCGUUUUGUCCCACCCGGGCCCCGGGUCGGAUAAAGAGGAUUUUGGCUUUUUUGUCCGGGACCUCUUCACCCGAUUACAAAUCGGAGGCGUCGAGUUUAAGAAAAAAGCUCUUGAGUCUCUGCUUCAGCUUCUCAACGACGACGGCAAGUCGUCCGGCGUCGUCGCCAAAGAAGGAAAUGUUGCGUAUUUGAUUCAUUUGCUCGAUUUCCACAACCAGCCUUUUGUGCGAGAACAGGCUGUCUUCGCCGUUUGUCUCCUGGCCUCAGCCAACGACGAGUCGUCGCGCAAGGCCGUGUUCGAAGAAGGGGGUUUGGGGCCGUUGCUCAGAAUACUCGAAUCCGGGUCGACCCAUUUGAAAGAGAAGGCGGCGAUGGCCGUCGAGGCGCUCACGGCCGAUCCAGAAAACGCCUGGGCCCUUUCAGCCUACGGUGGCGUCUCGGUGUUGAUCGAAGCGUGCCGAUCUGGGUCUCAGGCGAUCCAGACCCACGCAGCUGGCGCCGUUAUAAACGUGGCCAAUGUGGAAGAGAUCAAGACGGCUUUGGGAGAAGAAGGGGCUGUGCCAGUACUGGUCCAGUUAUUGCUCUCAGGCUCCAUUACUGCCCAAGAAAAAUCAGCAAAUUGUUUAGCGAUUUUAGCCUCUUCCGAUGAGUAUUUUCGAGCUUUGAUAAUUCAAGAACGUGGGUUGCAGAGAUUAAUGCAUUUGAUCCAAGAUUUGCCGAGCUCGGACACAUUGGAACACGUCCUCCGAGCCAUAACCUCGCUUUCAGCUUCAGAUUCAUGCUUUAGAGUCCUGUCUUCUUCAACCCUUUUCCUAAUCCAGCUCGGUGAGUUCAUAAAGCACGGUAACACAACCCUACAGCAAAUCUCAGCUUCGUUACUCGCUCACUUAUCGAUCAAUGUGAGUGACGGCAAUAAGCGAGCAUUGGGUAGCUGUAUGGGGUCGUUGGUGAAGCUCAUGGAGUCGCCAAAACCGGUGGGUCUUCAAGAAUCCGCGGCCCAAGUGCUUGUGUCGCUGCUUACGGUCCGGUCGAACAGGAAAGAGCUGGUGGGGGACGAGAAGAGCGUGAUGAGGCUGGUCCAGAUGUUGGAUCCCAAGAAUCACGAGAUGGUUUGCAGCAAGUUCCCGGUGGCGGUGGUUGCGGCGGUGCUCUCCGGAGGGAGCGGUGGCUGCCGGAGAAGGCUGGUGGCAGCCGGGGCUUACCCGCAUUUGCAGAGGCUGGCGGAAAUAGAGGUCGUCGGAGCUAAGAAGGCACUGCAGAGACUCGCCGGAAACAGGCUCAAGUCCAUCUUCUCCAGAACUUGGAGGGAAUGAUAGUAGUAAUUAACCAAGAAAGAAAAUACCCGCCAAAGAAAGGAGGAGGAAGGAGGUUCGUUUGGAUUUUCUAACCGUCCAAGAAGGAAAGAGCUUGGACAAGCAACAAAAAUACACACAUCGUUCGUAUACCCAACCCAACCCAACCUUUUUUAUUUUUAAUUAAAUUACUUAAUUAUUAAUAUUGUUUAAUUAUGUUAUAUAAUCCUAAUAUCAUAGUGUAUCGGUAAAGAAAGAAAAAAAGAGAAGCAUGGAUGCGGUUUUUAGGGAGUAUCCUCGAUUUGCUUUAUCCUUUUUUAUUUAUUUAAUUUUUAAUCUUAUUACUUGGUUCACUCGUGAAAGCUGUAAGAGAGAGAGAGAGGGUUGAUUUCAUGAUGAUGUUUGUCAAUUUUUUUGGGUUAUCUUUUUUCAUUACCACCCACUUGUUUAUGUUGUUUGAUCGAUCUUAUUAUGUACAUCGUCCCUACCUACCA